AUGUGGGGGUCUCGGCGGCGACAUCCGGCUCGCGCCGCGCCGGAGCUCGAGCGAGACUUUGAGAAGCUUUUGCCAUCCGUCUCGCGCGCCACCGCCCGGCGAGCGGGGCGAACCGCGUCCCCGGCCGCGCCUUACCAUGCUGGGCGAACUCAGGCGACCUCUGUCGAGAGUCCUCCCCUCGAGUUCAGGGCCAAAGGCAGCCGCGGUCUCGACCAGAGCGAGACGCCGCCAUGCAGCUCAAACGCCUCGCCUACUGCGUCCGGCUGCUGGUCGGCUGCGCGUCAGAGUGAAGAUGCCCAAGUGGAAAAGCCGCAGGGCCUUUCGGAUGUUGUUCCCAUUGCCAGUCCCACGGAAUCCCUGCGAUGCUCCGUUCGGCGGGGGGGGCCGCGCGCGCCAAGGUGCCACGCCAACCCCACGGAGCCGCGGGGCUCCUCCGGAGCCCACGUGCCCAGGCCCGCGCCGGAGACCCCGCCAGACUUCUUCCACGAGGCAGAGCUCGCAGAGUGCUUGAGUGAGAAAUGUGUGUCGCCUGCUGCACACGGGAGACUGAGGCGGCACCUGCUUCAAAAAUUGUGCGCGAAGGGGCAGGCGGAAGGCGACACUGAGACAGGCGCAGAAGGCGCUGCAAACGAAUUUGCCGAUGUCAAGGAGCUUCAGCGCGAGAAUCGGCUGAUGAAGGUCUGGAUCGCGUGCAUGGAACUUCUCCCGUAUCCAAAGGUCUGCGACGACAGAAAGCUCACCCAGCAGCUCCUGGCUCUUGAGGCGGACAAGUGGUUCCUGAAUCGUCAGGUCAGCGAAGAGACUCUCGCAAUCCGCCGACUGCAAACAGAAAAGCAACAGCUCUGGAUUUCGCUGCUCCGGGCUCAGACGGCACGACACAGAAAAGCGUCAGCUGAGGAGACAGCACAGGAAGUUGCGGCGACGGAGGCGAGGCUGCAGCGCUCGUAUGCGGAGACUGAAAAAAAGAGAGAAGCAGAGCACGCGUGCGAGGUUGCGCAACUCCAGGAAGCUAUUGUGGAAGUGGAGAGACGUCUGCAGUCCGCCGAGGAAGCCCGGACCCGAAUGGCACUUCACGUCAGCCGGCAAGAGGAGCAAGUCCUAGACGCGGAGAAAGAGAGACGGGAGGCCAGGGCGGCUAUAGAAAGCCUGGAGAAAACAGUCGAGGAGCUGAAACAUCAGUUGCGUACCGCCCAACAGGACCAGGUAAAGCUGAAGCAAGAAGCGCAGCGCGCUGCAGCAGACGUGGCGGAGGCACAGAAGCUUCGCGAAGAAGUCAAACAGUUAAAGAUGAAACUGGAAGAGGAGACAACCCGACGGACGCAAGCCGAGAAGGACGCAGGUCGGCAACUUGCAGCAGCACGACAGGAAAUCGACGCAUUGAAGGACCGGUGCGAAGGAGAGCAGACACGCACGCGCGAGCUUGAAGCCGAACUGCAGACUCUCUUUGCGGCCGGCGCAACGCCUGCUCUGUCGCGCGCAAGGAGUCUCGACAACGAUCUCGACGACGUUCUCAAAGGUCAUGGGGGCAAUUUCAGUAUGAGUCGGCGAAGGUAUCUGGAGCAGUUCCUUAAGAUGAAAAAGGCUGGGGACGCAGCGCUGUUGAAAGCCACGUUGGUUGCCCACAGGGCAGGGAUUGCCCCGCGUGUGAUGAGCCACGAACGUCAUAUGCUAAAUAGAAAAGCUGCCGCUGGGACAGCGAAGGAGCGCAGAGGAGCUCUGGCAGAGAGUCCAGUGGUGACCGCCAAACAGACUCCUCCUCCCAACGGCACGGACCUCGCAGCUCAAACCCAACAGACGGCAUGA